AUGCCCCUGAGGACAUCAUGCAACACACUGAAACUAGAAUCAAAUGCCCCUACAGAUCUACAGUGGUACUUUGAUGAUUUUGAACAGUGUGCAGAAUCCAACAAACUCUCGGCUGGCCAAUGCUCCAAAUAUGCUGCACGGUAUACUCUGGCUGCUACCGAAGUGGUCUGGAAGAAACUACCAUCUUUCAAAGGAGGCAAUUAUGACACCUGGAAGGCUGACAUAUACAAGCUAUAUCCAGGCACAUCACAGGAAGAUGAAAUCUUUACCUAUGUGGAUCUUGAGGAAUUCAUGUGGAAAUUGGCCAUGGUACUGAUGAGUACUCAAGCCCAAUUGGGAGAAUACAUUUGUGCAUUCCACCAUAUCACCAGGUCAUUUGGUGAAGGAGAGCAGUUAUCAGAAAGAGAGAAGAACUGCGCAUUCAUGCAAGGAUUGCAUAUCAAAUUCACAAGUCAAGUGCUUGCCAAACUUGCCAUUGAGUUUCCCAAGCAUCACCUGGAAAUUCCAUACCCAAUGUCUGAUGUACAAAAUACUGCAUCUUGGCUGCUUCACACUACCCCAGCUGACACACCUGUCAUAUCCCUUUCAAAUAUUGGGACAAAUACCAGGUUUUCACCUCCAGGUACAUCUUCGAAUACCAGAACCUCAGGGGCUUUUCCACUCAAAGCUGAACCAGUGAAUUCUACUACCACAGAUACCUCAGUCAACAAGCUGGACAAUAUUGUCAAUGUACUCAGCACACUGGUACAACAAGGCAGUUCACAUUGGUCUUCAAAUACCAGUAACAAUUACAAUAUGAACAAUGCAUAUGGUCAGAAUACCGCACAUAAUGCAAUUAACAUGAACUCCAGUACACCAUCCACCCAAACUUGUAAUUGGUGUGGCCUCCCAGUGAAUGUCCUGACAUGGAAAUUGCUAUCUGUGAUGGGUUCAUUAUCAGGAACCAAGACCACAGAGUGGUCUUGCUGA